AUGCCCACCUGCAGGCGCAAGCGCGUCCUCCUCACCGAACCCUCCCCCGCCCUCCUAGAUGCGUUCAAGAACGACCCCGCCAGGGAGGUCUUCUACCUCGCGGACACCGGCGAGAUCUUCGAGACAUUCGAGGCCUACACCGCGCGCAUGUCUUUCUAUAGAGUCAAGCAGUUUCAAUGCGAGGUUACCGGCAAGAGCGGCCUCGACUAUUUCCAGGCGUUGGAAAGCGAGCGGCAAGAGGCCCGCACGAUGCACUCCAGGUUUCCUGACCAGCUCAAGGCUGCAGUCCUCAAGGCCGUCCAGUGGCAGGUUAUGGGGCGUCUCGACCACCUCGUGGAGGCCGUGUAUGAUCGCUUCAAAGACCGCUACUACCCUGACGAGAAGAUCUACGUGGAUAUCCAGGGCGAAAAAUACCUCGCGCGCAUCAUUCAAGUAUUCCCUCCCAAGUCCAACUUACCACUGAAAUCAAGCCCGGGCCCAGUGGCGUCCACAUCCUCUUCUCCUCUGUCUGAUGAACCUAUGCCACCUAUAACAAUCCACAAGGUGGCGGAGGACUUGAAAGUCCCCGUGAAAGACUCCAUCGCCAUGGACAACCCUGCUAAGUACACCUACAAGGUCCAAAUCCUUGAUGAGGAGCGGCAGCCAGGCUUCGGCAAGGCCGAUAAGUCCAAAGGCAAGGAGACAAGUCGCGGCCAGUGGAGUGGCCACCUACUAGACGUGGACUGUUCCAAGCUAGGCCGAGACCGCCUCGCUUUCUCGAAAUCCAUCCUGCGCAGGUUCAUUCGUGACUGCGUGGACCGAGAUGCAGCGGUCGCAUCUCCCUGGACUGUGAAACCCGCCAUUGCAGCACGCUACGGCGUGAGCAACGACAUGCCAGAAGAAAUCCGAAAGAGCGUCGAGACACUGAAGAAAGGCGAGAGCGACAAGCGGAAGAAAGUGUGGGAGGAGAAGGAAGGCCCUGCAUCUAAGAGGCAGAAGAGGGCUGCUGCCGCUGCCGAGAAUGAGAAACUACUUGCUGCUAUUGCAGAACAGCGCGAGCGCGAGGCACGAGAGAAGGCGGUGCUGGCGCAGAAAGCGAAAGAGGAGAGCGAGCGCCUGGCAGCGGAGAAGAAGAAAAAGAAGCCCAUACGGUAUCCAACAGAAGACCUGGAUGUGGUACUCGGCGACAAGGAGAAGCGUGCGGGGAUGAAGCUCAAACGACCGGUGCCGAGCAAGCUAGCUAUGCCUUUUGGAGAGGACCAGGAGACAAACUCAGCGUUCCUCAUGACAUGGAAUUUCCUAGUGGUCUAUGGGCAACCUUUGCACAUAUCGCCAUUCACGAUGGAUGACUUCGAAGGCGCCCUGCGACAUUCGGUGGUCGAGCCCCCGUGUCCGCUUCUAGGGGAGAUCCAUGCUACUCUCAUCUACAUUCUGCGCACAGUGGGUUUCGAGCGCCACAGUGCUAUCGUAUCGCUCGUGGACGACAGUAAAGAGAAGGGCGGUGACAACGAAGUGUUCGGCGUCACCAUCGACCAGCUCACUGCCGCCAUGGCCGACGUCGGUAACAACUGGGAGCGCGCACCACUGCGACACUCCGAAGGGCGCGAAGGAUGGGAAGAGUCCUUGGUCGGCUGCCUGAAAGACCACGCCACCCUGGAGAACUUCCCUCGACUACGAGAAAUCCUCACCCGGAUUCUCUUCUCCGCCGAUGGCGCGCAGGACCCGAUAAGCUCUGCUGCACCUACACCGUCAAACAGCCCCGGCCCUAUGCGACUGACGACCCCCGGCUCCCCGGCAGAUUUGUACUACAAGCUGCCUGCGAAGGACCGGGUGGACAUCAUCACCUUUAUGUGCAAUCUCGCGGUCUCGAGCAAGGCUAUCCAUAUCCACAUGGAGACCUGUGAGGAGCAGUUGACCGCGUUGCGGAAAGAGAAGAUCGAGGUCAACCGCACGAAGAAGGCAUACGCCGAGGAGAUCAACGCUCUCUCAACCGAGAUUAACGGUGACUCCAAGUCGAGCACAAACGGUAAAUCAGCCACAGAGGACGUCGCGAUGCACGACUCCUCCGACCUCUCCGAAGUGCCCGGCUCCGACGCCGAGGACCCGCCGCCCAAGUCUGGUUCCACGCGUCGCUCCGCCGCGAAGGAGCGCGAAGCCGCGCGCGCAAAGGCGCACUCCGCACGCGCCGCGCAGGCAGAACGCCGGCGGCUCGAGGAGGAGGUGAACAAGCUCGAGCGGCGACUCGAGGGCAUCGAGCGCGAGUUCCGCAAGCUGCUCGGGAGCGUGCGUGUGAAGCCGCUCGGGCGCGACCGCUUCUACAACCGCGUGUGGUGGUUCGACGGGAUGGGCGCGGCGUCGCUGAUCGGCAGCGGCGGGACGGUGCAGUACGGGAGCGGCCGCAUCUUCGUGCAGGGCGCGAGCGAGUUUGAUGUCGAUGUGCUGCGGAGGAGGGAGGAGAACGUGGACGCGCGCAGGCGGGAAGAGGAGGGCGAAGAGGGCAUGCUUGCCGUCGGCGAGUGGGCGGUGUACAACGAUCUUGAGGAGGUGAAGGAGUUCGUCGAUUGGCUCAACCCGAAGGGCGUCCGCGAGCUCGCGCUCAAGAACACAUUCGUCAAGUGGUGGAACCACAUCGCGCCAGGGAUGCGACGUCGUGCAGCGGACCUCAACGCCAACGCUAAGAUUCCCGAGGCUCGCCGGAGCGCACGCAAACACGCCGGGGCGGACAUCAUGCGCGAGCCAUACAUGCAAUGGACGAACCGCAAGGCAGUCAACGGGUCUUAGGCUCCUCGACGGAGCAUGGUAUAUACUGUACACAGCUUGUUUAUUGCCCCUCUGCUGAGCCUCUGUAUCUCUCCUACCUGCGUUGGAGCGGCAUAGGGGAUGCGACGGCGGCUCACCCGCGUGCGGCAUGCGCUAAUCCGCGGACGUUGUUUCGCGCGCCGCACCCCAUACAUUGAUACAUACAUAGAAUACACCAUGUACCUUAGGGCUGCUCUGCACGCGUCGUCGUCUGUCGUCGCUGACAUGACAAGGCUGGAUGCUAUUGAUUAUAGGACACCAUCUGCGGGCGGGCCCGAGUGUUCCACGUCGCAUCGACGGACCCGAGUACAGGUAAUAUUGGGGGUGGGUAUGCUAGUUGUUUCCGUUCCUUUCCUUCCACUCAUCCUCUGAACUUGAGCCGUGGUCACUGGUCAGACGAGACCUCGGCGGGGGUGGAGGUGCCGGUGUUGUAAUCCUCGAAGUCGGUCGACGCGCCGUUCGUCAUCUUCAGCUCGGUCGCGAGCCGCUCUGGCUUCACGCAAUAGUCGCGCAGCGAGUCGAUGACGCGUGGGAUCACGUCGCGGUCGAUAUGCUGGCCCCAGAUCACGUCCAGGUGCUCGUACCCGUGCAAACGGCGCGCGCUCACCGAGCCCUUCGGCAGCUCGCGCAACAUCACGUCGAUGUCGACGAGCGAGUCCUGGUCGCCAUACAGCAGCACGAUCGGGCUCACGAUGUUGCGCGUCGGGAAGCGGGCGGGGGCGUACGCGGAGACCCCCGAGGGGCGCGCGGGGCGGCGGAGGCGCUGCACGUCCUCGUCGUACAUCUGGAACUUGGCGGAGCGCAUGAUCUGGAACCAGUGCACGACGGACUUGACGGACGCGUACGAGUAGAGGUGCGGGAAGGCGGCGAGCUUCUGGAGCGGCGCGAUGUUGUGCGAGUGCCAGUUGAAGAGCCAGCGGAGCGAGGCGGUGAUCGCGGCGGUGUAGACGGGCGGGUAGAGGAGGGACUGCCAGGCGGGGACGGAGGACAUGAUCGAUUUGCGGCCGAAGAUGAGGAAAAGGAGGGUGGGUGAAGCCUUCAUGAGACUGUCCACGACGGACGCUGCGAGUCCAGCGGGGCUCAUGGCGGGCGCGAGGGCGAUGAAGACGUUGAUCUUCUCGUUCAGCGGGGGAUGAAUACUCAGGGCAGCAAAGGCCUGGGCGGUACCCUGACUGAACCCGACAUAACUGAGGCUGGGCUCCUUGGUAACGCCGAGGAUGUAGGAGAUGGAGUCAGGGAUGUCGUGCCAGGCGAAGUCAUCAAUGCUGUAGUCCCAGAAUUUGUGCGAGUUUGGGUUGUGGUGGAUCGACUUUCUGGAGUACUUGUUUCCGCGGUUGUUGCCGAGCCAGACGUCGAAGCCAAGCUCGACGAGGGUAAAUGCGACGGAGCGCUGAGGGUUGGUGAGGCAGACCCAGACUUCAGAGUUCAUAAGAAGACCAUGGUGGAGGUAAACGACAGGCUUCCCGGUAGAUGUGCCGAAAGCGUGUCUCUGUUCGCCCUUCUUCGCGGGAAGGCGGUGAAGGCCAAGGAGGUAGCCGUCUUUUGUGAGGACGACGUGCUCCUCGUGCUCAUAGCCAAAGAUUUCGCAGAGCUUCUGGAAGUCCUCUGCGCGGCGGAUAUGCUCAGCGAGGUGCUGUUCCUCGGACUUGGGGAUGGGGGGACCGCCGAUGAAGUGGAAGAGGUGGCGGGAUCGGUUGUAGAACCACUGGAUGACUGCCCUGGGGAGGAGCGCGAUAACGAAGGUGAGGAUGGUCUCGAGAAAGAGGAAGAGACCGCCGAAGACGAGCGCGGUGUAGUCGCGCACGCUGAGACGGCCGAGAAAGGGGAGACGGGCCAUGGCGGUCUCUGUUCAACGCUG